UCAAAAGAUGUCCUUUGGCCCCAACCGGCAGUAUUGUGGUUUUCUGGGUGGCAACAGAGGAUGGGGAGAUGAUGGAAGGUCGGGGGGCCGGAGAAAGCUGCCCAACCUUCCCCAAGAUGGUGCCUGAUAACCCCACGUCCGAAGGAAAGUCAAGGGCUUCUUUGGCCCAGGAGGCAGAGUCCCCCAAGCCGGACUCGUCCUACGACUACCUUGAGGAGAUGGAAACUGGUGAGGACAGAGGCUGCCCGGGGCCACCUAAGCCAUUCUCCUCCGAGGCCGGCCCCGCCACCACCGAGGGCCAGGCGGGCGAUGGACCUGACUGCGCAGAGCUGCCCCUGGCCCCAGCCGCAGAGGCGCCGGGGACCCCAGGGCCCCAGCGAAACGACGAGCUGGAGCUGGAGAAGGUGCGCAUGGAGUUCGAGCUCAAGCGGCUCAGGUACCUGCACGAGGAGAACGAGCGGCAGCGGCAGCACGAAGAGGUGAUGGAGCAGCUGCGGCAGCAGGCGAUGCCCCGCCUGUUCUCGGGAGGCCUCCAGGACCUCCUGCUGCCCCAGAACCAAUUCGCCAUGUCCCUGUGCUGCUUAAUCUUCACACACAUAAUCUAUGUCACCAAGGAGAUGAUCUUCUUUCUCUUCUCCAAGCACUACCUGUCCUGCAUCGCGGCCAUUUUGCUCUGUUUGAUUAAAACGUUAUGGUCAUACUUCGAAGCGCCUUCGCGCUCUCCAACACUGGGCACCUCCUUCCCUCACCUGUGCCUCCCUCCCAUCAGAACUUGCUGUUAG